UGUGUGGGCGUGUUCCUCAAGGGCUGUUUCUCAGGUAACGGUGCACUAAAACCAGGAAUUGUACGUUAGCUUUAGACAGGCUACUUCAGGCUAGAAAGCUGCUCAAACAGAUGGGAGGUUCUUUACAGAGUGUGUAAAUCUUUAGAAUACACUUCUCAUAUCUAAACUCAGCUGUACUGAUGCGGUUUAAAAAGCUGUUUCUAUUUAUUCUUAAAGAGCUGAACUGAAGCACGAAGACAGAGUGCAGGUGAAAGUGAAAGCAGGAGAAUGAAGAUGAGAUUCCUGGGGAGGACCUGUCUUAUUGUCUUGAGUUUGCUACCAGCUGUUUCUACACAGAGAGGUGGAUGGCGUGUCGUUGGCUCUGAUCAGCCUGUCAUUGCUGAGGCUGGUUAUGAUGUCAUCCUGCCCUGUCACAUUUCACCCAGAGUCAGUGCUGUGGACAUGGAAGUGAGGUGGUUCAGGGACAGAUUCGACAGACCUGUUCAUUUAUAUCAGAACCAAAAUGAUCGGCUCAGCAGACAGGACUGUGACUACCAGGGCCGCACUGCUCUCUCUCCCUCUGCACUGCAGACAGGCGAUAUCUCUCUAAAUCUGAGAAACCUACGACUCUCUGACCGGGGCGUCUAUACCUGCUCAGCUGAUGAUGGAAGAUGGGCUGAAGACGGACAGACUGAACUGAUAGUUACAGGUGGAAGGGCUGUCGUUGGCUCUGAUCAGCCUGUCAUUGCUGAGGCUGGUUAUGAUGUCAUCCUGCCCUGUCACAUUUCACCCAGAGUCAGUGCUGUGGACAUGGAAGUGAGGUGGUUCAGGGAGAGAUUUGACAGACCUGUUCAUUUAUAUCAGAACCAAAAUGAUCGGCUCAGCAGACAGGACAGUGACUACCAGGGCCGCACUGCUCUCUCUCCCUCUGCACUGCAGACAGGCGAUAUCUCUCUAAAUCUGAGAAACCUACGACUCUCUGACCAGGGCGUCUAUACCUGCUCAGCUGAUGAUGGAAGAUGGGCUGAAGACGGACAGACUGAACUGAUAGUUACAGGACGAUGGCGUGUCGUUGGCUCUGAUCAGCCUGUCAUUGCUGAGGCUGGUGAUGAUGUCAUCCUGCCCUGUCGCAUUUCACCCAGAGUCAGUGCUGUGGACAUGGAAGUGAGGUGGUUCAGGGAGAGAUUCGACAGACCUGUUCAUUUAUAUCAGAACCAAAAGUAUCAGGUCAGCAAACAGGACAGACUUUAUUGGCACCGCACUGCUCUCUCUCCCUCUGCACUGCAGACGGGUGAUAUCUCUCUGCAUCUGAGAAACAUCCAGCCCUCGGAUAGAGGCGUCUAUACUUGCUUAACUGAUGAUGGAAGAUGGAAUGAAGAAGGACAGACUGAAGUGAUAGUUACAGCUCUGGGGACCCAGCCCUCAAUCUCUAUGGACUCUACACAAGGAGAGCAGACCCGGCUGGUGUGCAGAUCAGAGGGGUGGGACCCUGAACCUGAAGUGAUCUGGAGAGACAGGGAUGGAAACAAUGUGACAUCACUGUCCAACACAACAGUGCAGAGGGACAGUCAGGGGCUCCUCAGUGUCAGCAGCUACAUCAAAAUCAAACAGCAGUCCAAUGUGUUCUCUUGUCUGGUUAGAAGUAAAAUACCCAAACCAGACUGGGAAUCCAAACUCCACAUAUCCCGGGAUUUUUUCCCAGGAGUCUCUGGAUGGAUGGUGGCUUUCUUCUUGACUUUAGCUCUCAGUAUUGGAGCCAUUCCUCCGCUGGUGAUCCAAUGGAGAAGAAUGGAUGCCAUGGAGAGAAAGUUUGAGCCUAUGGCUGCUAAGUGCCUUCGUAAGGAACUUGAGUCUAUGAGCCGUGAGGUCCCUAAAUCAGAAUGGAAGUGGAUCCUCAGUUCAGCAGUUGAUGUGACUCUGGACCCUGAUACAGCACACCCCCGGCUCACCCUGUCUGCGGAGGGGAAACGAGUGAGAAAGGGAGCGAAACGGCAGAGUCUCCCUGACAAUCCAGAGAGAUUUGAUUACAGGCGCUGUGUGCUGGGCAGGGAGAGCUUCACCUCGGGGAGAGGCUACUGGCAGGUGCAGGUGGGGAGGAAUACAGACUGGAGAUUAGGAGUCAGCAGAGAGUCUGCCGAGAGGAAGGGGGAGUUCAGCAUGACUCCCCAGCAGGGUUACUGGACUGUGGAGUGGUGUGGAGGUGAGUUCACUGCUCUCACUGACCCCGAGACCCCCCUCCCCCUGAGCCUGAAGCCCCAGAAGCUGGGGGUGUAUCUGGAUUAUGAGGAAGGGCAGCUCUCCUUUUACAAUGUGGAGACCAGAUCUCACAUCUACACUUUCACUGACAUGGAGUUCAAUCCCAAUGAGAAACUCUAUCCAUUCUUCUGGACUUACAGUGAUACAUACCUUGUGCUGGAGUCCCCUGACCCUGACCCUGUCAGCACUGCAGAUUAAACACACAUUGCUGUCUGAACCAGGAAACUAUUCAAACAGCUCAGACAAUCUCCUCUUCACUUUCACUGACACUCUCUCUGCACUCUUCUGGGCUGAUGAGAAGAAAUCCUCUCUCUUCCAGCCUCUUACCCUGAGCCCCUCCUCUUUAUUUCUCUACACCCCCUUUCCUACUCUCCCUUCCUGUCUCCCUCUCUCUCUCCCCUCCACCUCUCCAUCUCCAGAUCCCUCUUUCUCUCCUCUUCUGCUCUCCUCUCUGCCUGCCCUCUGAUAUGUUAAUCCCCUCCCUCUCUCCACCUGCCCUCUACUCUUCCUCUCUCCUCUAUCCUCUCCCUCUCUCCUCCCUCUACCUCUCUCUUCCCUCCACUUCUCUCUCCUCCUCUGCCAUCUCUACUCCCCCUCUCUCCUCUCUACUCUCUCCUCUCCUUCUCUACUCUCUACUCUCCCUCUCUACUCUCCCUCUCUCCCCUCUCUCCUCUCCCUCUCCCACUCUCCUCCCUGCCCUCUACUGUCUCUCUCUACUCUCCUCUCUCUCUCCUCUCCCUCUCCUUCUCUCCUCCCUGCCCUCUCUACUCUCUCUCUCUACUCCCCCUCUCUCCUCCCUCUCCUUCUCUCUCUGUCUGUCUCUCUCUCUACUCUCUGCUUUUUGUAAUGUGAUAUUGUGCCCCCUCUACUUUUUAUAAUGUGAUAUUUUGUAACAACUGUAAGUCUCCCUGGAUAAGGACGUCUGCUAAUAAAUAAAUAAUGAUAAAAGACUUUCUAGACAAUAGAUGAAUGCAUUAUUUUCCAUGUAAUCAAUAUUUACACUGAAGCUGAGAUGCUCCCUGAAUAUUAUUCAUUGCUAAACUUCGUGAACUGAUUUCUGCUAUUUUGAUAUGAAUCUUCUGUUCUGUUUUUGUAGCGCAUCUAUUUUCUCUCUUUCUUGAUAAAAUGUAUAAAAGAUAUAACGGUGUUGUGUGAUUUACUGCUCAAUUGUUUACCUCGGCAAUCUUGAACUCGUAAAAAGAAAGACAUUCAUGACAGCAGAGUGCUGAUUAAAUGAGACCAUUACACAUAUGAA